GUGAGGGAGGGAGGGAGGAGGAUCCUGAGGCUGGAGGGAGGCUUCCCCAGGAGGGCGGGGGGGACUGCGCCGCGAUGGGCGCGGGUCAGCCUCAGCCCUCAACGUCUGGCUGGCGGGCGGCGGCCUCAGCACAACAGUGUGUCGCACGAGGUGGUGGAGGAAGGGUGUGGCGGCCGAGGCUCCGCGAGGCAUGACUGGCGCACGCUGGCCACAUGCAACACGUGCUUGCGGCUCGUGCCCACACGCGGCCCGGCAUGUCCCCGAGGCUUGACGCUGACUGUUGUCGCUCGUAGCACAUUCUUAAGCGUCCGGGCUGGUGGAAGGGAUAUUCAACGAACAGGUUUGUCUGUGAAGAGUCUCCCCGGGCGCCAUGAGGCCGCGUCGGGCGCUGCGACUCGCCGCCCUCACUGCCGCCGUGACCACCCUCGCCGCCUUCGUGCUGCUCAACAGCAGCGUCCAUGGCGGCGUCAGGAAGCAGCGGAGGAGGGUGGCGCAGGGCAUGGGCGGAGGCGGCGGCGGCGGUGGGCGGAGUCCCUUGGUGGCCAUGGAUGUGUCUAGCUACCUGGCGGGUGGACACACGAGGGACAGGGAGCAGGAACCCUACGCCCGACACGCCUUCAACAGCCUCGUGGCCAACUCCCUCGCGCCGAACAGAAGCAUCCCAGACACGCGACAUUCCAGAUGUCGGGAGCUGCAGUAUGAGGAAGAACCGCUGAGUACCCUAUCCGUGGUGGUCACCUUCCACAACGAGGCGCGCUCCACCCUGCUCAGAACCCUCGUCAGCCUGCUCACGCGGACGCCCCAGGACCUUUUGGAGGACAUCGUGGUGGUGGAUGACGCCAGCGAUGACCCCUCUGACGGGAAGCUGCUGGCCGGGCUGCCGAAGGUGCGUCUCGUCAGGAAUGGGCAGAGGCAAGGUUUGGCUCGGUCCAGGGUGCGCGGAGCAGACACAUCGAGGGGCGAGGCGAUCUUCUUCCUUGAUUCCCACUGUGAGGUCAACGAGGGCUGGGCGACGCCUCUCCUGGAUGCCCUCCGUCAGAAUCCUCGCAGCCUCGUGUGCCCCGUAAUAGACGUGAUAGACCAGGACACCUUCGAGUACCGGGCUUCAGGAUCGGUGCUAAAGGGAGGGUUCGACUGGGGGCUGCACUUCCGCUGGGUGCCGCUGACGGAGGAGGAGGCGGGGGCGAGGAGUGACCCGACCUCCGUGUACAGGUCUCCGGUCGUCGCGGGCGGCCUCUUCCUCAUCGCCCGCGAGUGGUGGGAGGAGCUGGGCAAGUAUGACCCCGGCCUGGAGGUGUGGGGGGCGGAGAACCUGGAGAUGUCCCUGAAGGCGUGGCAGUGCGGGGGCGUGGUGGAGGUAGCGCCCUGCAGUCGAGUGGGCCACGUUUUCCGCCGCCGACACCCUUACACCUUCCCCGACGGCAACGCGAACACAUACCUCAGGAACUCCAGACGCGUAGCCGAAGUGUGGCUGGACGAAUUCUCUCACUACUUCUACGAGACGAGACCCAGCGCCCUGCAACAACCCUAUGGCGACGUGGGCGGCCGGCGAGCACUGCGGGACAAGCUGGGGUGCCGGGGCUUCGGGUGGUACCUCAAACACGUCUACCCCGACCUGGGGGCGCCAUCCAAACACGACCUCGCUUACGGGCAACUCCGGCAGCGCAACUUGUGUCUUCAGGGCCCCGAGCCGACCCGCGGAUACAAGAAGGCGCAGAAGAGGCCUCAUCAGGUGGAGGGUCAGGCGCACCAAAGCUCGGGAGGGGAGGUAGCGGCGGCGGCGGCGGCGGCGGGGCAGGCGAUGGGGACGGUGGUGACGGUGCGGGAGUGUGCGUCAAGCGAGGCGUUGACGCAGCGUUGGGGGCUGACGCAGGAGGGGGCGGUGACGCAGGGGGAGCGGUGUCUCGCCUUGCUGAGCCCCGACACUCGAGUCUUCCUGCAGCCCUGCGCGGCGGGACCAAAACAGAGGUGGCAGCGGCAGGGGCGUCGGCUGCAGCACGUCGCCUCGUCCCUCUGCCUCGACUCCGCCAGUGCCCGCGACGCCUUGGCCCUACCCUGCCGCGACGCCCUCUACUCACAGCAAUGGGACUUCUCCGUGGAGCUGCAGGCCCUUCCUACCCUGUAAUAACCCCCUGCCCCUUCAUAUACCCUACCCUAAGUAACCCCUGCCCCUUCAAUGCCCUACCCUAAGUAACCCCUGCCCCUUCAUUGCCCUACCCUAAGUAACCCCUGCCCCUUCAAUGCCCUACCCUAAGUAACCCCUGCCCCUUCAAUGCCCCACCCUGUAAUGUGACCUCUGUCCCUUCAUAUGCCCCCCUUUGUAAUGUGACCCUGCCCCUUCAAAUAACCCGCUCCCGCGCCUUCAUAUGCCCUACCUGUAAUACGACCCUUGGCCCUUCAAUGCCCUACCCUGUAAUAAAACCCUAUCAUCAUCCCCUGUUACCCCAGUCGUAUAAUGAACCUUGUGCCCAUCCCUUGCUCUCCCCAUCCCCUGUCUUCCUCUCCACCCUGUAAUGAUCCCUGCUGCUGUUCUCAGUGUCUUCCUAUCCAUCUUGUUCUAAUGCUCGUGUACCUACUAACAGCCCGUCGUAACUUUCUUUCGUUUUUCAUCUCUCAUACUAAUCGACGAAGCCUUCACCAUUACAUCUGUCACGUCACACUCACUCAUUUCAUCCAUUUCACCCGUCACCUCUACAUCCCCCCACCUCUCACUCACCCAUUCCCUCUCUUUUACUCUUUAUCUACGUCUGUCGUCAUCCACGUUCCCAUUGUAUCCCUAUUCCCUUUCACCUCAACAAAUGUCACAACCCACACUCCCUUUCCAUUCCUUUCACUCUUCACCUCACCCGUCAUCCACACGCCACUUCCAUCCUCCGUACAUCGAGACAGUCACUCAGUUAACGCGAUGUCCUGCUACCCUAUCAAGUCCGACGCGUCAGCCAUGUUUAGGGUUUGACCGGUUGUACUAUUGUGUUAUCCUUCACUAUGUUGUUAUCACGCCGUCAUCCUCAAGCCUACCUAUACGUAAUCUGUUGUUAUUGUUGUUAUUACUCAUGUCAUCAGUCUUCAUAUACUCUGUCAUUGUGCAUUGUGUUAUCAGGGACGUGUUCCAAGCUCCACACGUCUAUUAUGUACGAGAUGAUUGUCAGGUUGUAGCAGUCACCGCUCAAGUAGCAGUCACCGCUCAAAUUUCGUGUUCCUUCCCCUCAGUGACAAUAAGAAAAUGGGGCGUUGCAGCAUAGACUCUAUGUUGCAACGCCCCAUUUUCUUAUUGUCACUGAGGGGAAGGAACACGAAAUUUGAGCGGUGACUGCUACAAGGUCUUGCCAACUCAAAAAAAAAAAAAAAAAAAAAUGGCAGCAUCUGAUUUGUUUUUACCUUUCGUUAAUUAAAUUUCACAUACUUCAGUUAUAUCUUAAUUUUUCUAGAUCCAAAUUUAUGUCACUAUUACUAACAGGGAAAAGUAGUGUGUUGGAUGAAGCCAUUAACCCUUAACCCACAUGACUGCGGAUUUCCUAGCAGAAGACAUCACCAAGCUACAGGAAUGGAACAAAAAGUGGCUGCUACAAUUCAAUGAAGAAAAAUGUUAAGUCAUGCAUCUUGGCAGGGUAUAUCCAGCAUGCCAAUACCACAUGGGAAACACCUGGGAGUAUAUGUUACCAGGCUACCAAUGAAGGCCAAAUCCGUGCCAAUCGCAGCGGAUGGGUUAAAAGUGGUUCACAGAGAGCUCAUAAGGACGGGGAUCUGGCUGCCUGAUGUUGUUGGAGUGGAUUUCAAGGCAAAGAAUUGACUAAGAAAAGGAGAGCUUGCGAUACGGGCGUCAGCAACGUUGCCAAAAUAUCGUACUCUGUCUCCUAUAUUUACAGAUUUCCGACCCCUAAACUGUCUCCUGGGUCCAAAUAACGAGAUAAAUUCAUAGUUAUCGCUAAAAUAGUUAAUUCCUGAUGUUUCCUGGCAAUAGUUAUGCGUCAGAAACCGGUAAAUACUACGCUCUGAGUACGACAAUCUGGCAACGGUGGGCGUCAGUCACUAUGGCCCAGUUCCACAGUUCCCCAUGAUGGGUUAGUAAGCUCCCAAACCAAUACCAGAAGCUUCGAAAUUUCCAUGUAUAGUGUCUGGUGUUUAUAUUUAAGUUCACAAAUUUGAUGAAACUAUACAGGAAAAGUCUUGUGUAUUUAGUGUGGCAUCGAAGACCUCACCGUUUUGGAUUGUAUGGGAUUCUAUAGUUUGGUUCGGGCUGUUACGAAGACACUGUGUUGGACUGUGAAAUCGGCUCUAUGUCAUUCCGCUUCACUCGUCACUCCCCGGGUAUUCUUAUCACAGGUAUAAUUCCCUCAUAUACAAUUGUCACCACAUAAAACUGAGUCAUCCCUACCGCCGGACUACCGACAUUGUGGUUCCGAUAUGAGUCUUCCAGUCAUCCAUCUCCAUUGUGUCCAUCCAUCGUAUCCAUUGUAUUGUUUUGUUACCACGCAGAGUUGUCAAUAUAUAUUACUUUCCCUUCUGUUGCCGCUUGUGAUAUCCGCCUCUUCAACAGCCCUUCAGCUCCUCUACUUAAUACCACGCAAUGUCUCUGUCAUGAUCCAGAAGAACAAGCAGAGGAUGACAACAGCAGCACAGUUAAUUAAUAGUGACCCCAAUCAGAGGCAAAUACCGGGUGGAGAUAUGGAGACAAGAACUGUAAAUAUGAUAGGAGAGGGAAGGAAAGCAGUUGGUCAGAUAUACUUCUUCUGGGUACCGACAUCUCACUGUGUUGUGCUGUAGCCUUGCAAUCAUUCCCCCCCGUUUGUUACUGUCCAAAAAUGCUCCUCACUCAGAUCCAAGGUUGUCACUCUCGCUCGCCCUGUCACCUGUCAUCUGCCAUCGUCACCUGUCCCGUCCUGCCGCUGCAUCGAGAGUUUGUUAAUUGUGUACCUAAGUCAUCAUGUCACCACUGAGUUUCAUCGCCAAUAAAGAUGAAGAAGA